CAUAAUCAGUGCAUUUCAUUGAUGUUAACGGUGUACUGUACUUAACACGGAAUGGCGUAAAAUGAAACUAAUUGCCAAUGUAUGGAUAAUUGUACACUUAUUCCAUGGAAUUAAUAUGUAUUUCAAUUGUGGAUAAACAAAACAGUUAGGUUUAAUGUAGAAAAUGAAGAGAAAAUUCAACGUAGUUUUAAAAUUCGCAUCUGUGUCGCCGGAAAUUUUAGUGACAUUGUUUUGUUUACAAUUCUUCAGAGCGCAUGGGUUGGAUUUGACACAAUGUCGAAAUUCGCUUGGUAUGCAGUCUGGCUCCAUACCAGAUGAAGCUAUUACAGCAAGUUCCUCCUUCAAUGAUGACAGUGUAGGGCCAAAAAAUGGAAGAAUUCGCACAGAGACAAAUGGUGGGGCAUGGUGUCCGAAAAGUGUUAUUGAGCGUGACACCUAUGAGUACCUGCAGAUUGACCUUGGACGUCUCACUGUUAUCACAAUGGUGGAAAUACAGGGAAGAUUUGGCAAUGGUCAGGGUCAGGAAUUUACAGAAGAGUUUUUGUUAGAGUAUCAGAGAGAAGAUGGUGGUGAAUGGAUGAGAUUCCGUAACAAACGAGGAGAGGAGCGUUUUGAGGGGAAUGGUAACACCUACUCGGCAGAGCUGCGUCAAGUAUCUCCACCCAUCAUUGGAAAACGUAUACGUUUUAUCCCGUACUGCCGUAAUCCACGCACAGUGUGUCUUCGAGUGGAACUGUAUGGAUGUACAUGGGAAGACGGCAUCGUGUCAUAUUCUAUGAGACAGGGAGAUAAACGUGGUGCUGAGGUCGACUUCUUUGAUUUUACGUAUGACGGUAUAAUAAGCCAGAACUACCUACAUGAUGGGCUUGGACAGUUAACUGAUGGGGAGGAGGGAGACACAAACUUUCGUCUUGACCCACAGAAUCUUGGAAUAAAAGGAUAUGAGUGGGUCGGCUGGAAAAAUGAUACUUUAAUCGACCCCGGUCCGGUUGAAAUCUUAUUUAAAUUCAAUACAGUUCGAAACUUUUCGUCUGUGAUGUUAUUUUGUAACAAUUACUUUACAAAAGACAACAGAGUGUUUAAAACAGCAGUUAUUCAUUACAGUAUUGGUGGAAAAUACUUCAAACAGAAAAAAGACAAGUUCUACUUCAUACGUGACACAGUUGUGGAAUAUGCACGAAAUGUUUAUAUUAAGUUGGAUCAUAUUAAUGCAAGAUAUAUAAAAUUAGAACUUUAUUUUGAUGCCAAAUGGAUUUUAAUCAGUGAGGUGCAGUUUGAAUCCAAACCUGCAUUUGGAAACUUUACUAAUGAGUUGCCUCCCCCAACUACAGUUUCUACAACAACAGUGAAACAGGCUGGCAAAAAUAAGGGUCAAGAAAUGGUGGCUGAUCCAAACUCCAGUGGACCUACAAUAGAUCUAGGUUCUGAUCAUAACCAUGAUGACUAUGUACCAGUUGAUGUAGGCAGAAAACAUAAUGAGAAUGAUAUACAUAAAACAGAGGAGAAGAAAUCUUUUGAAGAGCAAUAUAUUGGAAUUAUCAUUGGAGCUCUAGCUUUCCUCAUUGUUGUUUUAUUUGUAAUUGUUCUAUUUAUCAUCAUUCGCCAUAAGAAGCGAAAACAUAACAAUAAUCGACUUGGUAUGAAACCUGUCGUGGAUCAUGUGACUAUGAACAUGAAUCACGUUAAUACAUUUCAUCCGACUUUGACGGGCAAGAUGUCAAAUGGCACAAUGUACAAGGGUCUACCAGUUGAUGAUAUGGAUGAACAUCAUAUUUGCAAUGGUGGGGAUAAAAUUUUAAAAGGAUACUCUGAACCAAAAGACUUAAUUCAAGGUCGUAAUUUGCCAGACCUUCCAUCUAGUUCUGAAAUGCAAGAUUCGAGGGACUAUGCAGUGCCAGACGUUACAAAGUCGGCUCUAAAAGUUGCACUACCACCAAUAUACCCCCCUCAGCCUCCAGUUCGGGUUCAACCACUGAACCAGUUGGAUCUUCCGCCACCGACGUAUGAUGCCCUGUAUGCCGCCGCUGAUAUUGUGAAUUCACAGGGUUUAAACAUUCCAAAUUUACAGGGUGCUACAGGUAGCAGCGUGUAUUCAAUACCCAAUGCAGAGUUAUUGCUGAGUAUUGACUUGUCUAUUGUUGAGUUUCCAAGAGAAAAUCUUCGUUUUGUGGAGGUUCUUGGUGAAGGACAGUUUGGAGAGGUACAUCUAUGUGAGGCUGUUGAUAUUGCGGACUAUUUGCAAGAUGACUACAUUAUGAACAGAAAUGUAAAUCGCCCAGUACUGGUAGCAGUAAAGAUGUUACGUAAAGAUGCAGACGACAGAGCUAGGUCUGACUUCCAAAAGGAGAUCAAGAUAAUGUCCCAGUUAAAGGACCCAAACAUUGUGAGGGUGUUAGGGGUAUGCAUAAGAGAGGAGCCCCUAUGUAUGAUUGUAGAGUACAUGAAAUAUGGGGACCUCAACCAGUUCUUACUGGAUCAUGUACCAGAGUCUCCCAUGGCAGAGGCCGCUAAUGCUAAAACUUUAAGUUACGGUUGUUUGAUCUACAUGGCAUCGCAGAUUGCUUCAGGAAUGAAAUAUCUGGAAUCACUAAAUAUGGUUCAUCGAGAUCUGGCCACUCGUAAUUGUCUAGUCGGUACAAAUUUUACCAUCAAGAUUUCUGACUUUGGAAUGAGUCGAAGUCUGUACAGUGCAGAUUAUUACAGGAUUGAAGGACGGGCAGUUUUACCAAUUAGAUGGAUGGCCUGGGAAUCUAUUUUACUUGGGAAGUUUACAACAAAGAGUGAUGUAUGGUCAUUAGGUGUAACAUUAUGGGAGGUACUGACAUUUGCUCGUGAUCAACCAUAUGAUACCAUGAAUGACGAACAAGUAAUCGAAAAUGCUGGACAUUAUUAUCGUAAUGAUAACAAGCAAAUAUACUUACCGCAACCAGGUAACUGCCCAAAGGAAAUAUUCGAUCUGAUGUUAGAAUGUUGGAAUCGAGCAGAGAGCGAGCGACCUAGUUUCAGAGAAAUCCAAAUGUUUCUUCAGCGUAAAAAUAUGGGAUACAAUCCCAAGGACGAGAAAAUGAACCAGAUUAAGGUACCAAUAUGCUGACUAUCUGACCAUGCAGCAAAUAUUGCAGGAUGUAUGAAUGAUCUUGGAUUGUCUUAAUGAAACUGGAAAUGAUGAUAAUUCUCUCAGUAAUGUACCAGUUCUAACUGAAGAGAUGUUUUAUUGUUGAGAAGUAAUUCAAUAUUCUAAAGAUUUACAAUGUUUGGAAAGAACCAUACUUCUUGCCACAAACAAAUAAAAACCAAACCACAUGAUUUUGUGUGUGAGCACUUUAAAUGGUAUAUAUGGCAAACAGCUCACACUAGAACAUUUUUGGAGAAGUGUAGUGGCGUGUACAUCAUGUGUAGAGUAGGAGAACAAAAAGUGCAUCAUUAUGUUGAAAACAAUGAACAUUUUUGAACAGCGACAUAUUAGAAUUGAACAAGAUUAAAUUGUGUAUUUAUUUUAUUCUGAACAAAGUUCAUUGUUAGGAUGUGCAGUUUGGUGAACUGUUUAAACUUAGCUGUUGUAUUCUUUCACCCAGUUUAGGCUUAUCUGUUGUAUUCCUACAUCUUAGAUCAUCAUUAAAUGGGACUACUUUCUGUAUAGAAAUAUAUUUACUAAACUUCUAUCUAAGCUUUGUAGUUUGAGUUGUCAGGAACUGAGUGAUUGAAGCAUUAAAACCUUCACAAAUUUCUGUUUAAAGGAAUAGAAGUUCAUAUUUUUCCCUGCAGAUUUUACCUUUUAUUAAAGGUCAAGCUAGGAACAGAGCAUGCAUACAACUGACUAGGGUGUUAUGGAAUUUUUAUGAAAAUCUUUUUUCAUUUUAAGAAAACAUUGAUUUUAAACCUAUUUUUAUGUAUAUAUAUAUUUUGCUUUUACAUGCUGUAUAAAGACUAUUGUACAUAGAAUAUAUUGUACAUGAUACCAAAUGUUCAUAGUUUUUACUUUUAUGUUUGUAAAUUGAAAUAGUGCAAAGGCAUUUUUGCUUUCGUAUUAGACACAAAGCUGUAAGGCAUUUUACAUAUAAAUAUAUUACACCGGAUAAGUUAUUCAUUAGUAUGAAAUACAUGUACAUUGUAGUUUAAAAACAUGGAAUUGUUAGAAGAUUAAUUACCACAAUAUUUGAUUAUUAUGGCUGUAAAUUGUGGGGUUUUAUAAAUAUGAAUUAACCAAGAAAUAUUUUCGAGAAAUGCUAAACCAUAAAACAACAACAAAUAAAAGUUUUACUGUUUUUUUUCCUAAUUGUAGAGAUGAUAAACUUCUUUAGAGGAAAAAAAGGUAAAUUAACAUAUUGGAACAGUAAAAUACACUGAUUAUUGAUAUUUUUAGAUGUGUUUAGUUUAUCUAAAAAAUGUUGAAUUUUAAGAAGAAAUAUAUUGUGACCAUAGAAAGCAGUAAUAGACUUGAUAGAAGUUGUCUACUUGUAUCAUCUAUAUGCUUGUAUUAUAGUUCACAUUUUGAGCAGGUGUUGCACAAGGUUUUGCUGUACUGCCAUAUUUAUUCAUAAUACAUUUCAAUGACAUUGUGUUAAAUCAAGCUUAUAAGAUAAGUUCAUAUUGUCAGCAAAGCAAAUUUUUUUGUUUAAUUGUAAAAGUGAAGCAUUUUUGAACCUUGGUAAAUUCAUAAAUACUUUGUUGUCAUAGAAACUAGUCAAUCAUAAAUAGCCAUACAAUUUCUUAUUAACACCCCAGGAAUGGGUUGUUAGUAUUGAACAAUAUGGUAUGCCAUUUCUAUGCCUCCACUAUUUUGGGUGGGGGCAUAUGGAUUUUGUUUUUAUUAUUCUUUUCAGAAAAUGUAGUUAACAAGGAAAUUUGUGUGUGAAAAAUUGUAAUUUACCACCACUUUUAGUAUUUUAAAAUGAUUUAAAUGAAAUGAGCUUAUUUAUGUCACAUUUUCAAAAGAAUGCUUAAAAAACGUGUAAUAUUUUCCUUUUUCCCUUUAAAUUCAUUUUCUGAUUUUUUUUUUCUUCUCACAUUAUGUUUACCAUUAAGUGAUUUCCAUAAAUAAACUUUUGUUUUAUCUAACUCUGACAUUUAGUUUUACUGUUACUGAACUAAAUGGCAAUGAAAUAUCUUUGUUCUGUGUGAAAUGGCUUCCUUUAAUCAAAAAAAUAGUGUUUACUUUUUGUAAGUCUUGUUUAUGAAGUUGUAAUUGUUAUUUUGUUCUCUAAAUGCAUAAAACAAUCAUCUGUUGAGCAUAAUUAAAUUAUUAUUAGAUUUUAAUCUGUGUUACACAUAUCUAAAAUAUAUUUGUAAAGACAAGGUGAACAAUUUUGCUGUCACCUUUAAAUGUCUUUUUUUUUAAAUAUUUGCAGUAAGGUACAAUUUUAAAUACCUCUUCUAUAGCAGUGCACUAACAUGUUAUAAACUUUCUUUAUGUUGUACAAUAUACAUGAGUACAAACUCUCCAGUUAUGUCAGGCAGUUUUCAGCACAUAAGUCAGUGGAAUUAAACAGUGAUAUUUUAAAACAUAUUUUCUAAUAUAAGAAAUAAACCUUGUGUGAAUUAAGACAGAGAAAAUAGAUUUGCUUCCAUGUACAUGAGAACACUGACUGCUGUGUACCAGUAGUUAAAAAAGAAGUUUAUCAAGAAAUAGGGUGUUUCACUAUUUUUUUUCCAUCAAAUUGUGUGCAAAGAAAAAAAAAGCUGUUGUAUUUCUUUGGCUUACAGAACAGUAUUAAUAUCAAGUGUCUAAUAUCAAUAAAAAUAUUUCAAUGAAAUAAAACUAAAUGUUUGUCAGUUCAUAUUAAAAUGAUCAUCAAAGGGCAGUUAUUGACAUUUCAUAAAACACUUAAUUUCUUAUGUACAUGUAUUUAUGCAUUUUAAUCAAUUAACAGAAAAAUGAAUAUUUGUGUUCGAGAGUAAACUAUAUUAGUAGAUUUAUUGUUUAUGUGUAACUUUCAACAUUGUGUAUUUGUACCAAAUUUUGUCCUUUGACCCUUCAACCAACUCUGUAUGUGUUGUCUGUAAAUUAGAAAUAUUGACAUUUUUUUCACAGAGGCGUGUACGAAGUAUGUGUUCAAUUGAAGCAUGAAUCUCUUAAAUGAACAAAAUUUAGAUAGAUUCUACAUCUUGUAUAAAUGUUCUGAAAUGAUGGUGUAAUUGCAUUUGAUCAUUUAUUUAUGAAAUAUUCGAAAAUAAAACUAUGAAACCAUUA